AUGUUAAAACUAAUUGUUUUAAAUUACAUUUUGUUAAUUUAUUGUUUUAAUAUUGUUGAUGGAAGUGGAGAAGGGUCUAACGAAGAAAAUGAUGAGUUUUUCGAAACAAAGGAAGAAUUCGACAUUUCUUCCGAAAUAGAUGAAAUUGAUCAACAUGUAAAGAAUCAAAUUGCUUGGAUUUUAGAAAAUGCUCGUAAAUGUGAUGAACAAGAGAAAUGUGUAAAUAUGUUUUUGAAUGAUAUGGCGAUGUUUAAUGAUCUAGCCCGAGUUGGAGGAAUUGCUGCAUUAUGCGACAACAUGAAGAGUGAGAAAGAUAAAAUUGGAAAUCCAAUCAGGGAACUUCUCAAUGGAGGAAUUAACAAUAAUGACGCUAAAUCUCGUUUGAAUCUUUAUACCAAAUGCGUUGAUAAUUUUUUCACUAAAGAUAGAGGACUUUUUCAAAUGAAAAAUUCAAAACCUCACGAAUUAUCGGAGAUUAACGAAAAACUUCUCCGAUCAUUUCUGCUUACCAAACCGUUGUAUAUUGCAACUACAAUGUACGAAUCAAUUCAAAAUAAAGACACAAAUGCUUUAUUAGAAAUUGUUUCCACUCAAAAAUUAGAGGAUUUAAAUGUGGCAAUGAAGAUAAUGAUAGCUCUUCAUCCAGAUUUAAAAUUGGUUAAAAUGGUCAAUGAAAAAGUCGAUUUUAAAGAGUUUUCAAAGGGUCAAAUUCCGUUCGAUGCUGAUCAACUUGAUCAGUUUUUAAAUUGGCGUUUUGAUCCAAACUGUAAUGAAAAGCCAAUAGAAAAUAAGAUUGGAUGGUUAAACAAUCCAAUGAAAGAGAUUCGGAAUUAUAUAAAAAAUUUUAAGCAAAGGUGCCUGGAGAACCCUACUAUUUCCGACUAUAUAGUAAUAUUGGAAAAUAAAAAAACACGAAAUAAUUUCUUUCUUAUGCGUUUCAAUUGCGCGAUGAAAGCUUUUGAAAAUCAAAAACAAGAUAAAACAUCUUUACAUGUGGAUGACUUGAUCCGAACACUUAUUCUCUCAUAUAGCAAUGAUGAGGAAAGCAUUACUCAUCUAAUGAAAGUAAAUGAAAGGAAAGAGCUUGAAGACAAAAUAAACAAUGCUAAUUUUAAUCUUCAAGGAUGGAAUGACAAAGUUUUUAAAUACGCGUGCAAACGCCUUUUAAAUCUUGAAAAUGCUUCCCAAGUCAUGUCCUACAAUCGAUUCAUUGAACAUUAUGGAGAAAACAUUGUAGCAUUCACAAAUGCCUUAACAAGUGUUGAAAAUCUUUUUAACAUUAAAAUUGAUAAGAAGAAAGUCAAAAUUUCAAAUGAUAAAAUGUUUAUUGAUCUAAAUAAAGUGCCUGGCUCUUCUGUUGUCAAAAAUCUUAUUGAAGAAAUCAAUAAUGAUAUUUUGGACAAGUUAGAUUCGAAGUCAUUUGGAAGAAUUAAGAUAAACAACCAAAAAAUGGAAGAUUUGAUCGCAUUCAGCUCAAAUUAUCUGUAUGCAAAAUAUUUAGCAUUAGCUCUAGCGUUGAAUCAAGCUGUAGGGAAAGGAGAUGAUAAAGAGAACAAAAAUAAAUUAAUUUUGUUGAAAAUAUCUGACGAGCAAUUAGACAAGAUUAAGUCAAUUAAUUUUGAUUCAAUUAAAAAAUUGUUGGAAGAAAUGUCUAUUAAAUUGUUUGACAAAUAUAAGGGAGGUAAAUCGAAUCAACAAAGUGGUUUUGUUAAUGAUUUGAUCAAUGAAAUGAUAAAUUUGAUUAAUGAUGUUGAUUUUAAAUGUGAGUAUUACUUAUUUUUUUAUAAAGCAUUUAGUCUGUUGAAGGCUAUGUUUUUGCAUUUUAGUCACUUUUGUAAUUUAUCAUGA